AUGGCCGAGAAGGACUUUGACAAGACUGGCGCCCCCGCCAGCAAGACCCACAAGAUUCGCAUUACGCUUACCUCGCGUAACGUGAAGAACCUCGAGAAGUUCUCGGCCGACCUCAUCAACCGCGCCAAGGACCGCGACCUCCGUGUCAAGGGCCCUGUUCGUCUCCCCACCAAGAUCCUCAAGCACACCACCCGCAAGUCGCCCUGUGGUGAGGGUUCCAAGACCUGGGACCGCUACGAGAUGCGCAUCCACAAGCGCCUCAUCGACCUUACUUCGUCGGCCGAGGUUGUUAAGCAGAUCACCUCGAUCUCGCUCGAGCCCGGAGUUGAGGUUGAGGUCACCAUUGCUGCUUAA